AUGAAGAGCAGCACCGCUUUCCUGUUGGUGGCCCUUGCCUUGCUCUGCGUCUGUGAACUGGCCAAAGGGGAGGACAACAACGAGUUUUUCAUGGACUUCCUACAAACACUGCUGGUGGGGUCUGCGGAGGAGCUCUACGAUGGGCCCCUGGGAAAGUACAACGUUAAUGCAGACGCCAAGGCGGCGCUGGUGGAGCUCAAGUCCUGUAUCGACGGCCUGCAGCCCACGCACAAGGCAGAGCUGGUCAAGCUGCUGGUAAGGCUGGGGGCCCAACACUCAUCCCCUAAGGGCCUCCACAAACCCCGACCAGGACCUGCCCUGGCCAGCAGAGGAAAUCAUGCUAGACCUCACAGUCCCACAGGGCACCCUUCAGCCUGUCAAGCCCCCAGACCUGCUCCUGUGGCAGCCGUGGGCCCCCCCACACACACACACGUGCACACACACAACAGAGACACCUGUACACGCACACACAUGCACACACACACACAACCUUCCCGGUUGGCCAUCACGGUGCUGGCCAGAAAGUACAGGAACCCAUGUUCUCUGAGUGUGGCUGUUACUGGUCAUCAGGCAAGGGACCCCUGGUGUCUUGGCCCACUCAUGUCUCCCUUCCAGGUGCAAGUGCUGGGCAGUGAAGAUGGUGCCUGA